AUGGCGAUUAAGGUCAAAGUUGGUAUUGGAGUUCACGGGUCUAAGUUGGUGCUUGAGGUCAAAGUUUUCUUUUCAGGAAAUGGUAAUCAUCAAAUGAGAAGUGACAUGCAUAGAGAUACCGCAGAAAUUGGUAUUUUUAGUCAAGAAAUAUACGAUUCCCUGUUAGCUUGUGGAUAUGGGGAAUUUGGCAGGUUGCUUUUUGGGUUUAUUGACAUUGAUUUGAAGAACAUAUUGGUGUAUGGUGCCAGUUACUACUUUUGGUGUAUGCUGGCAGAUAAUGAUAUUGGUGAUAUAGAUAACACAGUUUUAGGGUACGCAGGGAGUAAUCCUGCAGGGAGUUCAUCGUCCGUGUCCUGCCGAGAUGUAUUGAUUGAAGAGUGGGGCAAGAAAUAUGGAACAAUUUCUCAAGGCAUGUAA